CUCCACCACGACCCUGAGCUCAUCUUCUUCUUCUUCUUCUUCUUCUCCUAGUAGCCGGAGAUACGACGUUUUCCCAAGCUUCAGUGGGGUAGAUGUUCGCAAAACGUUCCUCAGCCAUCUAAUCGAGGCGCUCGACCGCAGAUCAAUCAAUACAUUCAUGGAUCACGGCAUCGUGAGAAGCUGCAUAAUCGCCGAUGAGCUUAUAACGGCCAUUAGAGAAGCGAGGAUCUCAAUAGUUAUCUUCUCUGAGAACUAUGCUUCUUCCACGUGGUGCUUGAAUGAAUUGGUGGAGAUCCACAAGUGUCACAAGGACAAAGACUUGGAUCAAAUGGUGAUUCCGGUUUUCUACGGCGUUGAUCCUUCUCAUGUUAGAAAACAGAUCGGUGGCUUUGGCGAUGUCUUUAAAAAGACAUGCGAGGACAAACCAGAGGAUCAGAAACAAAGAUGGGUUAAAGCUCUCACAGAUAUAUCAAAUUUAGCCGGGGAGGAUCUUCGGAACGGGCCUAGUGAAGCAGCCAUGGUUGUAAAGAUAGCUAAUGAUGUUUCGAAUAAACUUUUUCCUCUGCCAAAGGGUUUUGGUGACUUAGUCGGAAUUGAGGAUCAUAUAGAGGCAAUAAAAUUAAAACUGUGCUUGGAAUCCAAGGAAGCUAGAAUAAUGGUCGGGAUUUGGGGACAGUCAGGGAUUGGUAAGAGUACUAUAGGAAGAGCUCUUUUCAGUCAACUCUCUAGCCAGUUCCACCAUCGCGCUUUCAUAACUUAUAAAAGCACCAGUGGUAGUGACGUCUCUGGCAUGAAGUUGAGUUGGGAAAAAGAACUUCUCUCGGAAAUCUUAGGUCAAAAGGACAUAAAGAUAGAGCAUUUUGGUGUGGUGGAGCAAAGGUUGAAGCACAAGAAAGUUCUUAUCCUUCUUGAUGAUGUGGAUAAUCUAGAGUUUCUUAGGACCUUGGUGGGAAAAGCUGAAUGGUUUGGAUCUGGAAGCAGAAUAAUUGUGAUCACUCAAGAUAGGCAACUUCUCAAGGCUCAUGAGAUUGACCUUAUAUAUGAGGUGAAGCUCCCAUCUCAAGGUCUUGCUCUUAAGAUGAUAUGCCAAUAUGCUUUUGGGAAAUACUCUCCACCUGAUGAUUUUAAGGAACUAGCAUUUGAAGUUGCAAAGCUUGCCGGUAAUCUUCCUUUGGGUCUCAGUGUCCUUGGUUCGUCUUUAAAACGAAGGAGCAAAGAAGAGUGGAUGGAGAUGCUGGCUGAGCUCCAAAAUGGUUUGAACAGAGAUAUUAUGAAAACAUUAAGAGUCAGCUACGUUAGAUUAGAUCCAAAAGAUCAAGAUAUAUUCCAUUACAUUGCAUGGUUAUUCAAUGGUUGGAAAGUCAAAUCCAUCAAAGACUUCCUCGGAGAUGGUGUUAAUGUUAACAUUAGGCUCAAAACGUUGGAUGAUAAGUCCCUCAUACGUUUAACACCGAAUGAUACUAUAGAGAUGCACAAUUUGCUUCAGAAGUUGGCUACAGAAAUUGAUCGUGAAGAGUCUAAUGGUAAUCCUGGAAAACGUCGAUUUCUGGAGAAUGCUGAGGAAAUUCUAGACGUAUUUACCGAUAAUACCGGCACUGAAAAAUUGCUCGGAAUAGAUUUCAGCACGUCAUCAGAUUCACAAAUCGAUAAGCCAUUUAUUUCAAUAGAUGAAAACUCGUUCCAAGGCAUGCUUAAUCUCCAAUUUCUAAAUAUUCAUGAUCAUUACUGGUGGCAACCGAGAGAAACCAGAUUGCGUCUACCUAACGGCCUCGUUUACUUGCCACGUAAACUCAAAUGGCUACGGUGGGAAAAUUGUCCAUUGAAGCGUUUGCCUUCUAAUUUUAAGGCUGAGUAUCUGGUUGAACUCAGAAUGGAGAAUAGUGCCCUUGAGAAGCUGUGGAAUGGAACUCAGCCUCUUGGAAGUCUCAAGAAGAUGAAUUUGAGGAAUUCCAACAAUUUGAAAGAAAUUCCAGAUCUUUCUUUAGCCACAAACCUCGAGGAAUUAGAUCUUUGUAACUGCGAAGUGCUAGAAAGUUUUCCAAGUCCUCUCAACUCGGAAUCUCUUAAGUUCCUCAAUCUCCUACUAUGCCCCCGGUUGAGAAAUUUCCCUGAGAUUAUAAUGCAAAGUUUCAUCUUUACAGAUGAAAUUGAGAUCGAGGUAGCAGAUUGUUUAUGGAACAAGAAUCUCCCUGGACUCGAUUAUCUCGAUUGCCUUAGGAGAUGUAAUCCAAGUAAAUUUCGCCCAGAACAUCUCAAAAACCUCACAGUGAGAGGCAACAACAUGCUUGAGAAGCUAUGGGAAGGCGUCCAGUCGCUUGGGAAACUCAAGAGGGUGGAUCUGUCAGAAUGUGAAAACAUGAUAGAAAUUCCAGACCUUUCAAAGGCCACCAAUCUGGAGAUUUUGGAUCUCUCAAAUUGCAAAAGUUUGGUGAUGUUACCUUCUACAAUUGGGAAUCUCCAAAAAUUAUACACGUUAAAUAUGGAAGAAUGCACAGGGCUGAAGGUUCUUCCUAUGGAUAUCAACUUGUCAUCUCUCCAUACAGUCCAUCUCAAAGGGUGCUCAAGUUUGAGAUUUAUCCCUCAGAUUUCAAAAAGUAUUGCAGUACUCAAUCUAGAUGACACUGCCAUUGAAGAAGUUCCAUGUUUUGAGAAUUUCUCGAGGCUCAUGGAAUUAUCGAUGCGUGGUUGCAAGUCGUUGAGAAGAUUUCCUCAGAUUUCAACUAGUAUUCAAGAACUCAAUCUAGCUGACACCGCCAUUGAACAAGUUCCCUGCUUCAUUGAGAAAUUUUCGAGGCUCAAGGUACUAAAUAUGAGUGGUUGCAAAAUGUUGAAAAACAUAUCCCCGAACAUUUUCAGACUGACAAGGCUUAUGAAGGUCGACUUUACAGACUGUGGAGGUGUCAUCACAGCGUUGAGUGAUCCGGUGACAACAAUGGAAGAUCAAAACAAUGAAAAGAUAAAUAAGGUCGAAAAGAGACCUAAAUGUGACAAGGAUGAGGAUGACGAGGAUGAGUAUGAGUAUGAGUAUGACGAGGAUGAGGAUGACGAGGAUGAGUAUGGAGAAAUAUAUUUUAAAUUCCAGAAUUGCUUCAAAUUGGAUAGAGCUGCGCGAGAACUUAUCCUAGGAUCAUGCUUCAAGACGACUAUGGUCUUACCAGGUGGAGAAGUGCCUACAUAUUUUAAGCAUCAAGCUUAUGGAAAUUCCCUAACUGUCACUUUGCCUCAGAGCUCUCUUUCUCAUAAAUUCUUGCGAUUUAAUGCUUGUCUCGUGGUUGAACCUAUAACCCAUUCUUUUGCAUGCAUGGACGUACUCUUUCAGUUCAAUGGCGAACAUUAUAGACAUACAAUAUAUGAGGGCAUGGAAAUGAUGUGUAAGACGGAUCAUCUAGUUUUGUGUUCCUUCAAGUUCCAGCCUACAGGUCUUCUAUCUAAAUUAGACGUCAAUGAUGUGGAAUUUAAGUUUAACGGGACGAGAGUAAAAAGAUGCGGCAUACGACUCUUGAAUGUGUCUACAUCUCCGGAUGAUAGUGAGGGAAGCUCUGAAACAGAAUCUCCGGAUGAUAGUGAUGGAGACUCUGUAACAGAGUACCACCAACAGUCUGGAGAAAAAUGUGAUGAUGUAGAGACUGAAAGUAGCAAGAAGCGGAUGCGGAUGACAUUAGGAAACUCUGAAAAAUAUUUCAACUUACCCUGUGGCCAAAUAGUAACAGACACUGUUCCGUUAGGGUGGGGAGAAUCAUCAUCAGUUUCUUUUAAUCCAUGGCUGGAGGGGGAAGCUUUGUGUGUUGAUUCCAUGAUUACUGAACAACAAGAUGCACAAAUUCAUAUAGCUAAUGUGGAUUGGGAGUGGGAGUUAUGGUCAUCAAGCUCAUCAAGCGCAUCAAGCUCUUAGUGGAGUUUGGCUUAUCAAAGCAAUAAUUUCCUGCAGGGGUUACUACUUAAAAAAAACCAGAAUCCGUUAAAGAGUCCAACUCCAGAGCAUGAUAAUGUUUGCAAUUUCUUCUUUAGCUGAAGGCUGAAGGCAGAAGUACUCUGUUCUUACAUCCUUGUGGUUGCUUCUUUAACGCUUUCGCAUUUCCUAGAAACCAUUGACAGUAAAUUUAAACAAGCACGGCCAUCAAAUGGCCGACUUGAUGAGAAGAGAAUAUUUCUAUCUCCUUAAUUGUUUCAAAUUGGAUGGAGAUGCGCAGGAACUCAUCCUACGAUCAUACGUCAAGACGGUCCUACCAGGUGGAGAAGUUCCUACAUAUUUGGGAGACAGUAUUUCAUGGUACGAUGACGUUGUGUAAUACGGAUCAUAUGGUUUUGGGUUCCUUCAAGUUCCCGCCUAUAGACGUUCCAUCUAAAUCAGACAACAAUUUGGAAUUUGUGUUUAUUCCCAAGGAGAGCAUAAAGGGAUGCGGUGUACGAAUUUUGAAUGUCUCUCCUGAAAAAGAGGACAACCAAUAGUCUGUAGAAAAAGUUGAUGUUGUAGUAGAGACUGGGAGAAGCAAGAAGCGGAUGCGGGUAAGCCUUUUGCCAGUUUUGAUCUGAAAGUUGCAUAGCUGUCUCUUGAUUUUUUUGGAGGAUGAACAGUUUCGUAGGAUAGAUAGUUUGGUUUAUAAUGCAGAUGAUAAUAGGAACAUCUGAAGAAUAUAUCAACUUACCAAGUGGCCAAAUAGAAGCGGACACAGAAUUGACCGCUACAAAUCUGGAGCUUUCGUUAUUGGCAGGGGAGUUCUUCCACCCAGGUUUUCAUCAGUUUCUUCUAGCAACGUUCAUGUUGAUGGAGCAUCGUUGUGUCUUUCCCAACCAUGUCUAGAGGAAGAAGUUUUGUGUAUUGAUCCAAUGAUAACUGAACAACAAUAUAUAGAAACACCUACCGCGGAUCCUUCGUUGUUCCCAGAGCUUAUCAACUUUUUAAUGUAAUCAAAACAUCUUCCAGUUCUGUUUUGUUCUGUUUUAGGAUCAACUUGGGAUUGACCAUGACUAUACUGAUAAUGACAAGACGAUUACAUAGCUUUAACGCAAGCCAUCUUUUCUUCAGGUAACGGAGAGCUUUUGGAGAACCAGAAGUCUAGAAUCCAUUUAGGUCUCCAACUCCGGAGCCUGAUGAAAAUGUUUGUAAUUUCUUCUUUAGCUGAAAGUGAAGCACUCUGUUCUUACUUAUCUGUCUUUGCUUCUUUGAGAAUUUUGCUUUUCCUAAAAGAAUAAAUACAUCUUUCAAAAAGCCAUAGCACAUUAUAUUCUGGAAAGAUAUCAUUGGGAUGUUUUGUAUUGUAC